AUGCGCCCCACAAAUGUCGAGAUGCCGAUGCGCUUCCAGGUUAUGUACGGUGGCGUGAUCCCAAACGUCGACCACACCAACCUCGAUCCUUCCGGACGUGCAGACCUUCUGCGAACGAUCGAUAAAGCGAAGCAGGAUGGAAAUCUUGUCUUCCCCCGUCGCCCCAAUGACUUUCGGGAGACGUCGAGGCUGCAGAUGGACGAUCGGACCCUGUCAGUCACUGGGCUUCUCGAUGGUCAACUCCAACUCCGCGCCUCGCUGCACCAAGUGGCCUCGGUGGGAUAUGUGAGGGAGGAGAACGACGGCCAUUUCACACACAUCAUCAAUGUCAAGAUUGGCGAGGUGCAAAGGAAUGCCUCUUUCUUCGAUCUACUGAUUCUGUAUUGCCGCACAAAGGAAAUGGCCGAGGCCCUGUGCGAAUGUGCUGAGGCGCGAUUUCAACAAAUGUACCGGGAGACGCUCGUUUCUGUACCGCAAGCCGUUGCCUCCAGAAAUCGGCUUCGGACAGGCAGCAGAACUGCUUCAUCCCCACUUGUCGACGAUUUGCGAAGCCAGGCCUCUCCUCGACGAGCCCCAUCUACUUCCACCUCUUCUACGGUCAAUACCUCGGCGGCAAAUGAAUAUAUGGAAGAGCUAUCCGCCUGCCUGAGCGCCGAUGAACUGCGCGAGUUUGCCGAACUGCUUGGAAGAUGGCAAGUGGGUGAGCUGCCCCUCCCCGAGUUGGCGCUCAAACUGCUCGAGCUCUACGGCACACAACGUGGUCGUCUCCUGACAAAACUCGGCAUGCUGAUGACCGACGAGGAACAAGAGGAAUUUUACGCCUUCCUCGCACGCAACGGUCUACAAGCGGACGGCACAGUCCAAACCACUGGAGCGCGAGGAGAACGCCGG